GCAAUUCUGACCAUAGACGGAAGGCAGAAAAGUUCGAUCUUUCGCUUUAUAAAGGUGAAGAAACUCGUCAACCCUGGCCUGCUCGUGGGGCCUUGCAUCGAUCCCCUGAAACACGAGCGGUGCCAGUGCCGGACCUUGGCACCCCUAGUUCGCUCCCAGACGCUGCUGUCACGGGCGUCUGUCAUGUCAAGGGCGUCGAACCGGGAAAUGACGAUGAGACGGUCUCCCUCCAGACAUCAGGGCAUCAUCAACUAUGACAACGCUGAGCAGCAAAUGACAACAGGCUUCCGGUCAUUGCCUAACCCCGCCCUGAUGGACCGUGACGUAGAGAAGGACAACAAUUUGGAUUCCAUUACGACUACGCACACACAGCUGGAAGUUGAGGACACGCCCCCUCCCCUGGCCCCGAAGAGGUCGUCCCUGACAGGCGCCAGCGGAGGGCAAGAAAGCCGAUUAGGGGCAGGGGGCAGGGAGAGCAGAGCCGGAGGGAGGGAGAGCAGGGCGGGAGGGAGAGAGAGCAGACUGGGAGCGUACGAGAACAGGAUGGACAGCAGCGACAGCAAACUAGGAGGAGGAGGAUAUGACGGAAGAGAUGGUGGUCGAGGAGGAGAAGGAGGAUUCGGAGGAGGAGGAGGUUUUGGAGGCCGAGGGGGUCCGUACGGGGGCUCGGGCUACGGUGGGAGGGGGUCGUCAGCCCACAACCCCGACGUGCAGCUGACCACAAUCUACCCUCCGCCUCGCCACUUCGAACUCUAGCAUCCAGCCAGCUACGCCUAGCCUGAGAAACGCCCUGGAAAAAAGCUAAAAGUCAGAAGAUAUAUUUCGGCUUCGGAAUGAACACUCGACCUUAAAAAAUGCGUUAGUGUCCCCCUCCCCUUUUUAUGAAGAAUCCGAAACCAGAAGCUUAAAGGAAUUUUACUUAUUUGACUUCAAAAAGGAGCCGAUGAAUGAAAGACUCCUCCCAGACAAACAAUUAAACAAGUAAACAAAAGAAUAAGCCAAUUAAUCAACCAGUAAAUAACUUAAGACACUAAAUUUGCAUCGACUCCCCUCUCAGGCUGGAAGCGUAGCAGCAGGUGCAGUGGUAAACGAAGGCAAAUCCACAUAAGGUGAAUGCAUUUCGUUCCAUGUAGCGUUGACCCUCGUCCUUUCCGUGGUCGGAUGAAGACGAACUGAACCUCCAAUGAGAGGCGAUAGCUCGUCCUAAGUUAUGCAUAUACACGAGCUGGGAUAAUAUUAAGGCAUUAUAUACAUAAGAUUUCGUUGCUGUAAUGUUCUUUUUGUGCUUCGAAAGAUAAAUAAGAUAAUAAAGUCGGGGUAUUUAUGUACAUUAUAUACAUACACACAUAUAAAGGCAUUUGCAUAUUGCAUGCAUUUCCCAUUAUUUAUUUAAGUAUAUGCUUUAUCUGUUAUCACUUACGAUUGGGAAAUAAAAAUGGAGUAAAGAACAUUGAUGAUCCAGACUUUAUAAAAGGUUUGAGACCAAAUAGCAUUUGUGUUAUUGUCUCAAACAUGAGUUGCAUUAUCUGUUAUGACAUAUACACCAUGAUUUAUAAUUUAAAAAUACAUUUCAUACGUUAUUGUAACCUUUGAUAUAAAUGUGUUGCAUAAAAUAGAAAACUCUAAAAAAAAAAUGUUUGAAAAAAUGGUGCAGGUCUCAGACACUGUGUGAAUAAUGAGGGCAUUAAUACCUGUAGGUAAUUAAACUACACUCCGAUAAACUUUAUGAAAAAGUUGAUUCGAAAUAAUGUUUGUGACUCUACAAACAAUUUGAAAUGUAUUUGGUCAUUUGAUAGCAACCUGACCUUGCAUGUAAGGUCGUAUAAACUAGAAUAAUAUUAUCAAUAUGUAAAUUAGCUUACUGUAGUUCUGUA